AUGUUGAAUCGUUCCGGGAAGUAUAUUAGUUCUUCCUUAUACAGGCAAACAAAGUCCUUAAUAGCAGGAUCCUUCUACCAUAAAAGCGUAUGUCAAAGGGCGCUUUCAACGGGAGCCAGUUUGAAAAAUGGUAGCAAUGCAGGCAUAGGCUCCAAAAAACCUUUGAAUAGACUACAACUGGGUGAUGAAAUCAAUGAAUCAGAACCUACCAGAACGAGUUUUUUCCAAUUUUCCAGAUGGAAGGCUACUCUAGCUGUGUUGCUUCUAAGUGGUGGGACAUAUGCCUAUCUAUCAAAGAAAAGACGCCUGCUGGAAACGGAAAAAGAGGCAGAUGCUAAUAGGGCUUACAGUUCAAUGGCACUUGGGGGACCUUUCAACCUGAUAGAUUUUAAUGGCCGGUCCUUCACCGAGGAGGAUUUGAAGGGUAAAUUUUCCAUCUUAUAUUUUGGGUUUAGUCAUUGUCCCGACAUUUGUCCAGAAGAGCUAGACAAACUAACCUAUUGGAUCUCUGAAUUAGACGACAAAGACCACAUAAAGGUACAGCCAUUGUUCAUAUCAUGCGAUCCAGCAAGGGAUAAACCAGGCGUAUUAAAGGAGUAUUUAGGUGAGUUCCACCCGGCUAUCGUUGGGUUAACUGGAACUUAUGACGAAGUGAAGAGCGUAUGUAAAAAAUACAAGGUGUAUUUUUCCACUCCACGUGAUGUCAAGCCUGACCAAGAUUACCUAGUGGACCAUUCGAUAUUUUUCUAUUUGAUCGACCCUGAAGGACAGUUUAUCGAUGCCUUAGGCAGGAACUACGAUGAGAAGUCCGGUCUCGAGAAGAUUCGUGAACAAAUUGAAGCUUAUGUUCCAAAGGAAGAACGAGAGCGGAGGCUGAAAAAAUGGUACUCUUUUAUCUUUAAAUGA